AUGAAAGCAUCCAUGAGUUUUGUCCUUGGUCAGCACGAUGAAACGGGUAGGAAGGAAAGAGCCAUUUACUAUCUCAGCAAGAAGUUCACUGAUUAUGAGACAAGGUAUACGGUUCUAGAAAAGACCUGUUGUGCUCUUACAUGGGCCUCGAAACGCCUACGCCACUACAUGUUGAACUAUACGACCAUGCUGAUUGCAAGGAUGGACCCGCUGAAGUAUCUCUUUGAAAAGCCAGCCCUCACGGGCCGUACAGCAAGGUGGCAGAUGUUACUCUCAGAGUUCGAUAUUGUUAAAUCAGAACGGAAAUGGAGUUGGAGCAGCCCCUUUCUACAUGCUAUCUUAAAGCUCGCCAAAAAGGCCCAUAUUCCCAUAGCUGUCAAGUUGAGGUUCUUUUGCACAAACAAUAUCGCAGAAUAUUCUGCGUGUAUUACAGGCGCUUCUUUGAAGCGCCCUCGACUGAGAAUCAAGAAGAUUGAUGUAUAUAGAGAUUCGUCACUUAUCAUCUUUCAGACAACUGGUGAUUGGAAAACCAAAGAUCAGAAGCUCAUUCCCUACCAUCACAGUAUCUGGAAGAUAUCAGCCUAA